AUUAUUAUUAUUGCAGCAAGAUACAUCUCGCACAGUCAAGAAGAACACUGGGAGUGGAUUUCAUUCUUUCACAGCGUGCUCCCGAUCUAUAAUAAAUCAAUCUGAUGCAAUCAAAUCAUCAACUUCACAAUUAAAAAUGACCAGACAUCUGAAACCCUCAUCAUUAACAACUUCAACAAGAAGACCAACAUUUAUUCAUCUCAUUUGUGCUGCCACUAUAUUCUCUCUUGUUGUUUUCGCCACUCAAUCUUAUAUAUUUACUCGUCCUGAUACCAAAACCUUAAAUACACAAGAUGUCCGUAUCUUAUCCGAUUUCCAAUCCGAUAUUCAGCAAUGCGUGGCAAAUAGAGGAUUUGGACUAACUGCACAUGUAAUUGAUCACUGCAAGUUGGUUCUUAAGUUUCCUGAAGGGACUAAUAGCACCUGGUUAAAUCCACAGUUUAAGACUUAUGAGCCGUUAGAAUACACGUAUGAUAUUUGUGAGGCAAUUCUGCUUUGGGAACAGUACCGUAACAUGACCACGGUUUUGACUAGAGAAUAUUUAGAUGCACGGCCUGAUGGCUGGAUGGACUAUGCAGCCAAAAGAAUAGCACAACUAGGUGCUAAGGAUUGCAGCAAUCGGUCGCUUUGUGAGGAGCACCUUAAUCCAGUUUUGCCAGCCAAACCACCAUUUCACCCUCGUCAGUUUCACAAGUGUGCUGUUGUUGGAAACUCAGGUGAUCUGCUAAAGACUGAAUUUGGUGAAGAAAUUGACAGUCAUGAUGCAGUUAUAAGAGACAAUGAGGCACCUGUCAACGAGAAAUAUGCAAAGCAUGUUGGUUUGAAGAGGGAUUUUCGUCUCGGAGUUAGGGGAACUGCUCGUAACAUGGUCACCAUCCUCAAUGGAUCAGAUACCGAGGUGCUUGUUAUCAAAAGUGUGACACACAGAGACUUUAACAAGAUGAUCGAUACGAUUCCAAAUCCAGUCUAUCUCUUCCAGGGUAUUGUAUUACGCAGAGGUGCCAAAGGAACUGGGAUGAAAUCAGUUGAGUUGGCGCUUUCUAUGUGUGAUAUUGUUGACAUAUAUGGUUUCACUGUCGAUCCUGGGUACACUGAAUGGACCAGAUACUUCUCUGAACCACGGAAAGGUCACAAUCCACUUCAAGGAAGAGCGUAUUACCAACUCCUAGAAUGCCUCGGUGUCAUUAGGAUACACUCUCCUAUGAGAGCAAAAAGGGCACAAGAUUGGUCUGAUGUACCAAGUCGUGAGAAGAUAGGCAGUGCUCAUGCAGCUGCCACACGCCUAAAGAGAAGGCAAGAAGGAGCUUAUGAUAAAGUAGGACAAUUUGGCAACUGUAAGGUAUGGGGCAAUGCAGGUCCCUAUGGUAGUGGACCUGUAUCAGGGUCUAAAGAUAUGAGUGACACAAGGAGGAAUUCGAAUUACAAUAAAUGGGAAGUUAUGCCUUUUAAGAGCCUUAGGCGAGAAGCGCAAGAACAUUAUAACCAGAUGGAAGGUGUGUCACUGUAUAAAAUGGAUGGUAACAAAUUAGACGAUCUAGUGUGCGUUAAACAUCCCUUAAGUUCUGAAGCAUAGCCAAACUGUAGUUUUUGUGUGCAUUGUGGUGUUGUAAUUUAUUUGGGUACGUUUGCCGUCUGCUGACGGCCAUAACUUCGAGGAUGGAUGAUUCAGUUGGGCAUGCUUAGUACUUCUUUUCCACUUGUGUGAAUUCAAGAUGAAAGGCAAAUAUCCAUUGGAGUUACCUAAGAAGAAACAGAAACUGUGUACUCUUAGUCCUCCAUCAUGGUCAAGAAUUUUCAAGAACAUGCUGUAAACAGAGCAAAGAAACCCGAAGAGAAUUUCAAGAUACUUGUUCCAUACAUAUAGUGACUUUUACUUUUGACAUUUAUUGCUGAAUGAUAUAGGUAUAUGCCAUAUCAUUGUAUUUUUUUUUUUUACAUAGGUGAGUUAUAAUCUGUGAAUCAUAGAUGUUACGGAUAUCAUCCAACAACUAGAAUUUUGACUCAUUUACUUGUGACUGGUUAAUUUA